AUGCAAUCAAGUAGGCUUUUGUUGUGUUCCUCUCAAUCCUUGUUUGGGCCAGCCGUCACUACUACUCUCCCCCCUUGUCUUAGAUUCCCACCACACUCCAUAGCAAUCGCAAGUUCAACUUCAUCUCCGAUUCGCUUACGACCCCUGCGCUCCACUACUUCAUCGAGUUCCUCUUCGCAAGUUCCAGUAAUGGCUUCCAAGGAUUCUCUAGUUCAAGACCCGCGUAUAGCUGGAAUCUCAUCCGCGAUCCGUAUCAUCCCCGACUUUCCCAAGCCAGGGAUUAUGUUUCAGGAUAUAACCACACUGCUUCUCGAUCCAAAGGCUUUCAAAGAUACCAUUGAUUUGUUUGUUGAAAGAUACAGAGAUCAAAACAUUUCUGUAGUAGCAGGUGUUGAAGCAAGGGGCUUUAUUUUUGGCCCACCCAUCGCGUUGGCGAUCGGAGCAAAAUUUGUUCCAAUGAGGAAACCCAAAAAAUUGCCAGGAGAGGUUAUCUCAGAAGAGUAUUCUUUGGAGUAUGGAACUGACAAAAUAGAAAUGCACGUAGGGGCCGUACAACCUGGAGAAAGAGCCCUAGUCAUAGAUGAUCUUAUAGCCACUGGUGGAACCUUAAAUGCGGCGAUUAAGCUACUAGAACGUGUUGGGGUGAAUGUUGUUGAGUGUGCUUGUGUGAUUGAACUACCGGAGUUAAAGGGGAGAGAAAAGCUGGGCGGCAGAUCAUUGUUCGUGUUAGUUGAAGGAGAAGGAGCUUGA